CCAUGAGUGUAUAGUUAUUCUUACAAUCAAUCUACCGCUUCUAGAUUGCCGGAUUACCUUUAAGCCUGCUGAUGAUGGGGAUAGAUUAACCUUAUCCCCACUCUCAUCCAUGGGUAAAAGAAUAUUUUGGUGCUCGUGUGGAGACUAACUCUCACAUCCACCGGCGCCGGCAGCGUGAUUGAGGAAAAUCAAUGUUUAAGUACUAGAGACAGGUCCAAGUGGAUCUCUCCUGAAGUCCUCUCCUGAUCCCAGCCGGCCGCCAGCGACCGGAUGGACGCAACGUGACGCUAGCUGUCAUUGAUGGCCUUCUCGUAUUAGCUACUCCUCGCUCGAGGCUCGAGGCCAAAGCAAACACCACAAAGCUCUAAUCCGGCACACUUCUUGCUCAGGCAGCUAGUCAGGCACCGCCCACAACCAACAUGGCUCCGGCUGUGACAAUCACCGACGUCGCCUACGUCGCUGCGCCGGAUGGCGCGCUGCCGCCGGAGCCUGUCAUCAAGCUCAACGCCAUGGAGGCGCAGUGGGUCGUGAUUCCCCUGCUACAGCACCUCCUGCUCUUCGACGGCGACCAUCUGCCGCCAUUCGACGCCAUCCUCCAGUCCCUCCGCUCCUCCCUCGCGGCGACCCUGGCCACCCACGCCCCGCUAGCCGGCAAGCUCCACUACCUCGCGGACACCGGCGACGUCGCCAUCUGCCGCUCCACCGGCGGCGGCGACGACGACGACGACGACCGCGGGGUCAGGUUCGUCGCCGCGGAGUGCGACGCCGACGCCCGCCGCCUCGCGGGCGACGAGGACCACGACGUGCACACGUUCGAGCGCCUCGUUCCGGAGCUCGACAUGAGCCUGCUGCCGGCGCCGGUGCUCGCCGUCCAGGCAACGCGUCUCGCAGGAGGCGGGGUGGCCCUUGGGGUCAGCGUGCACCACGGCGUCGCCGACGGGCAAUCGCUGUGGAGGUUCAUCGAGGCGUGGGCCGCGGCGUGCCGCGGCGACGCGCCGCCCGCGCCGCCGGUUUUCGACCGCUCCCGUGUCAGCCUACCUGGCGGCGAGGAAUUGGCCCGGAGCAUCCUACGGAAGUACGUGCCAGAUUUGCCAAUGGCUAGACUGCCGGCAGGCAUGCAAGAAGACCGCCUGCAGUUCACCCGCCGGACGUUCACCCUGGACACUAACGACACGAAGCGGCUGAAGCAGCGCAUCGUCAGCCUCGGCGAAGCGCACGGCGCGCCGCUGCGCCGCUCCCCGUCCAGCUUCGUCGCCGUCGUCGCGCUGGCCUGGACGUGCUUCGUCCGCGGCAGGGGUUUGGCCGCGGACGACGAGGACGUGUUCCUGUUCUUCUUCGCCGACGCCCGCGACCGGCUUGACCCUCCGGCCGGGGCGGACUACUUCGGUGCCUGCCUGACCGGAUGCCUGGUGAGGCUGCCCGCGCGGGAGCUCCACGGCGAGGGGGCGCUGGCGACCGCGGCGUCGGCGGUGCAGGGAGCGAUCGAGAAGAUGGUGGAGGACCCACUCGGUUGCCGUCCCGGGUGGGAGUUCUUUAGGUUCGCCGGCGAGCCAGGGCUUCGGCUUGAACGGUUCAUGAACGUGUCGGGUUCGCCGGGCUUCAGGGCGUACGAGGUCGCCGACUUCGGGUGGGGGAGACCCAGGCGGACGGAGAACAUCAGGAUGAACCACGACGGGCAGCUGGCACUGAUGCGCGCCAGGGACGGCGACGGGGUGCAGGCGUCGGUGUCCAUGCUCCAGCAGAAGCACGUGGACGCUUUCAAAUCUGAGUUCCUCAAGCUGCUCGGUUGAUUUGUUGGUCUUGUAAUUAUACUUUGCAAUAGCUUUUCAAGAGCUAUGACGUCAAUCUUUGCGACAACCAUUGGAAUAUCAAACCUCUUUGGCUGGCAGGUCUUCUCGCAAA